ACCAAUAUCUGAAAAAAUGCAAACCAUUCAGGUUGGUCUUUAAGGGUUCACUGCUCAUCAACGCGAAGUUGCUUAAGACAAGUAGCACGGAUAAUAAAGGUCCGUGGUUAGUCGGUCUACGUCCCAUAACUAGCAUUUGAAUUCCUGCUCCUUGGCGACACAUUCCCCUUUGCUACUCUUAUUCAGAUAAAGAAUUAGUUGUUGAAGUUUCAUUGUACACUAACAAGUUAUAAAACGAUUAUUGUUUUAAAGAAAUGGAAUGGCAACUAAAAUAGUGCGCGCGACUUUCCUAGGGAAGGGCGAGGGGUGUUGGAGGCAAACGGAAGUGCAGACGACUAUUUGCAGGGGAAAGUACUCUCGGAUAUAGAAACGCUUUAUUCGUGCACCCCGACGAAGGUUGAUUAUUGGCUUUAUUAUCUUUAAAAAAAAGACCUAAUCCAGAUAAUCUUUGAAGACAGUUCGUAAAAUAAAAUCCGAGCUCUUCACAGUGAUUUAAAGAGAAUGGAUAACACUUUUAGCGUUCUAGAUUAUUUUGAAAACCACCGUUGCUAUGGAGGAAGCUUUUGUUUAGACUAGGUGUUCUUCGGUCAGUCAAGAUGGAAGACCAGCCAGUACAAAUAUCUGAAAACACUGUUGGUAGUAGUCCUCAAGCUGAAGAUGUUAGAGAAGAAUCUACCUUAAAAGACAAUGAGAAAGUGACAGAGGACACAGAGGAAGAACAGUCGUUUGAUUUCACAGAGACAUUUACCGACGGCGCGGAAGAACUCAAAAAAGAGUUGGACAAUAUUAUUGUUGUUGCACCAGAACCCGAGCAGCCGGAGGAGGUAUUUGACCCAUCUGAAUUUCCACCAUCCUACAAGGACAACUUGCCUAAGGAGCAGCUGAUCUUGCAGUAUGCAGACAACUUCCGUCGCCAAUAUGUUCAUCUAUAUCGUGACAGAAAGCCACUGUUCCUUUGCCCUGUUAAUGAGUGUGGAGUGGAGAAAUUUGUUUGCACAACCAUCAGACCAACGCAGCUGCCUUUUAAAGAACUGUACAACUGGGAUGGUGCUGCAGAGUUUGUUGCUGACUACCUUGACUUUGAACCUCUGCGCCCUUCCUAUGAUCUGCCUACUCGACUGUUGUCACCAGCUACAGUCUUAAAGCGCCAGAAAGGAAACUGUUUUGAGUACAGCACAGUUCUUGUUUCCUUGCUAAUUGCUGCUGGGUAUGAUGCUUAUGUUGUAAGUGGAUAUGCAGCAAAAGAAACAUGUCUUGCUGAUGAAACAAGAGAAAUAUGUCCUUUGCUGAAAAAGAGAGAAGAGGUUAUACAAGAAGAGAAGAAAAAGGAGAUGAAAAAGUACUCUGUAAAGCCACCUAGAGAUCUUCGUAGCAAGUUCAUUCUUCGUAUGGAGGCUAGGAAAGUUGCUAAGAAAAAGGCUGAAGAAGAACAGCAAAAGGCAGAGGAAGAGAAAAGAAUACUGGAGCUAGAAAAACCCCCACCUGAUCCACUAUAUGGAUUACGCAUCCAUGCUUGGGUACUUGUGCUCUCUGGCAAGCGAGAAGUGGCCGAGAGUUUCUUCAUUGAGCCUUUCACAGGUCUGUCUCAGCCCUUCAGUAACCCCAACUAUCUGGGCAUCGAAUCAGUGUGGAACAACUUCAAUUACUGGGUCAACAUGCAAGAUUGUUCUGAGGGUGUUGGGAUUAUCAGCUAUGAUCUUGGAGACUGCACAAAGUGGGAAUACAUGCUUACAGGUUUAGACAAACCAGUCCUGCAGGUUCCUGAAGGUGAUCUGGACAUCUUAGAUGAGGAUGAGGAGGAUAAAGACAAAGAUGUUGAAAAGCAUCUUGACAUGCCACCUUCAUGGGUAGAGCCACUGAAACUAUCCCAGAGAGACUAUGAAAUGCGAUGUCCACAAGGGAAAAAAGUGAAGCUGUACAAACGAGCCAAGUUAGAAAAAUUUGCCCAUUACCUAAUGAAGGAUGGUCUUGUGUCACGGCUGUCUGUCUAUGAGGAUCGAGCAAUGACAGAUCUGAUCUUGGUCAAGGAGUUCUUCCAGCAUAGAAAUGAUAAACUCCACACACGAGUUCACAACUACCGCAAUGGCUGGAUCAAUGAGUAUUUCCAUCCUGGGCGCUCUCACAGUCUUAAGGAACACCAGUACCUAUCUGGUGCCCCAGAACCAGAGAAUGAGAGGACAAUGAUAUUCUGUGAUGAGGCACGAGUAGACGGCCUAGUGAAACGUAUUGAAACACCGACUGGGAUGACAGAACAUUACAAGGAUCGAGAGGACUUCCUGUACUACAAAAAUGUUGUUUUCCGCAAGCGCUCUAAAAGGAUUACCAUGUCAAAUACGUCUGUGGUGGCUGACUUUCGACCCAUUGAUAAGAUGGUGGUGAAGUACCAUCGCAACACCGCCAAGAAAGCCAACGAAGAUGUGCGCGAACUGGUGUUCCUGGUGUCGGAGGAGAAAAUCCAGAUGAUCUACCACACCGACGACGCCAGCAUCGCCUCCUCCACUCGCGAGUUUGUGAAGCCGCACAACUGGCAGGAGAAGGGCGCCAUCUUCCUCUGGUCACCUGACAUGCACCAGACGUUCCAGGUGGACCCUAACACAGCGGACAGCAAGCAGGUGAUGUUGUACCAGCUGCUGCUGGAGCUGCUGCGAAUGGAGGACGUGUGUCGACAGCGGGUGCGGGAGUCGGAGGAGGAGGUUAGAGCCAUCAUCCAGGAGCGACAGGAGGAGGACGAGAAGUCCGAGCUCGGCUUGUCCAUCUACGACACGGAGAGGAACGACAAGACCAAACAGCACCGACGGGAACUGGAGAGGCAAGUGAUGCUGGAGAAGAUCCGCAAGCAGGAGAUGGAGGUCGACUACCUGGCGCCAUUCUUGGCUCAGAUGUCCGACCCAGAGAAGAUUUCGCGCUCGCAGGCCUACACCCUGAAGGAGGAGAGUCUAACUGACCUCAAGCAGCGCCUCGUGGACAAGGCCAACCUCAUCCAGGCCAGGUUUGAAAAGGAAACUGAGAAGCUACAGAAGAAACAGGCUUGGUACCACCAGAACCAGAUCAGCAUGUCCAAGGAAGAUGAGGAUGAUUACCUGAACUACUGCAGCGAAGCCAUGUUCCGCAUCCACAUCCUGGAGCUGCGCCUGAACAGGCACAAAGAAAUGGCGCCUCACAUGUACAUGGCGCUGGAGCAGAAGCUGAGGAACGACCCGCGCCUCUCCGAGUUCUUGUGAGUCCACCAGCGCCACUGCAGCUACCGUCAGUGACCUUUGAACCUACAGCGUCUGCUCACUCACGUGAGAUGAAAGACGAAGGGAAGAUCUUUCUGGAAGAUCCGAUCGGCUUGUACAAUAGCAGUUUGUUUGGGUUCACCCAGGAAGCUGCACUUUGAACCUACCGAAAGCACCGAGCCUUCAGCUCACCCUCAUUUUCUCUUCAGGCCAAGAUUUUGUUGUCAACACCUGCUGAUCAUGUGACACCCUAGUUGUACAAAGCUGAAAACUGUGUGUCUUUUGUGUUUGGACUUUACCGCGAACAUUCAAUCAUAAGAUCAACUGUCAAAGGUCACAGAGAAAGUGGGAAGAGUGUGACUCGAAAUUAUUUUGAAUACAAAUGUCAAUAUUUUGUAGAAGAGAAGAGAUGAUAGAGGUUUCAUCGGGACAUGUGAUAAAACCUCGCCUGAAUAGAGCACAGCCUCUGUGUUUCCAAAUAUACGCAUAAUUUUAUUUAUUUUAUUGUUUCAUUUUGUUUACUUUAAGAUUACCAAUCUGCUUACACAAUCCAAGCUGAAUCCUAGCAUCCAGGGCGUGUUGGUCGCCUCCUGUGGCAGGACUUGCAAAGUCACAUGCGCGAUGUUGACAAACAAGGUUUGGCUGUGUGGUUACAUUACAGGGUUUGAGGCGGUGUGUGUCUGUGUAAAAUAUAGAAUUUAUGUGGAGUCAUCUUUGGCAAAGUGUGAUCUUGUGUGAAGUGUGAUAAUAUAUAAAUAUAAAUAUAGUGAUUUGGGGCAAAGUAUGGCCCUGGGAGCAGCGUGAAUAUAAUUGGUGUGGUCACGUGUACA